AUGAAUAUCGGGCCUGACGAAUGGCUGGCGGGCGUCGGGACCAUUUUCCAUACGACUGCGGCCACUGUUUUCCGGGCGUCUUUUCUCGGGGCUUCAAUAGCACUUUUUGCCCCGAUAUCGGCGUUGGUGACUGAUUCACUGUCGUCCACUUUUUCAAUUUCCGCCGUUUUGGGCCUUUUUUUGGCUCCUUUAGUAUACAGCUGUACUGUGUACGUCUUGGGGAUCACCCUGGUAUACGGGUUGGGCUGGAAUAGGUCGUUAAUCCGGGUUUUGAUUGGCAUUUUUUUGGGCACGCUAGGGUGCGCGAUGCUUCCGGUGACGAAAGCGGCAAUAUUAUUUGUGUCUAUGACCAUUGACGGGCUCAAUUGGUUUGCGGUGGCGGUUUCCGUGCACGAGGUUGUAUUUGGGGCCGUGGACUGGCGUUUGGGUGUGGUUUCUUAUGCAUUGAUUGCAACCUCAAGUUUGGUUUUACAAGACCAAAUCAGCUUGGGCGGCACAAAAAUGGUGCUGGAGGCUGGAAAGCAACAGAGCUAUGUGCUAACAGGAAUCUGUGGCGUUUGCGGUGUUAUUUCGUGGUUUUUUGGAGCUCUGGUAGUGAAAAUAACCACAUGGUCUGUUUUUACCCUGGUGGUAACUUCUGUCGUGGCGUCUCGAAAUGGUCGAUGGUGUGCCACAAGAUUGGAAGUCUCGCUUACAAUCAUUGCCGCUAUGUUAGGGCAAAUUUUGGCGGGUUGGUGGCUGAAAAAAGACCCAAAUUUGCUGUUUUUCACUAUUGUUUGUGGUCUCAUUUUUCCAGCUACAACAAUGCCGGGUCAACCGUGGGCCACCGAGUCGAAAUUGGAGCUCUUGCGCCAAUUGCUGACCCACGACGAUACUAGAGCCAUUUUUCGGUUUCUUUUACUCAACUCGGCGUUCAUGUUUGUGCAGCUCAUUUACUCGUUUCGGUCAAAAUCGCUUGGUCUCCUCUCCGAUUCGCUCCAUAUGGCUCUUGACUGUGCUUCGCUUGCUCUUGGGCUUCUUGCUGGUAUUUUUCUGAAAGCGCCCAUCGAUUCGAACGGAAAAUAUCCAUUUGGACUUAAGAAUUUUGAAACUUUGGCAGGUUUUGCAAAUGGAACUUUACUCGUUGGGAUUUCGGGGAGCAUCGUGUUUGAGGCUUUGGGCAGGUUGCUGAACCCUGUACUGCUUCAAAAGACUACCGAAUUGAUCCUAGUGUCAGCCAUGGGACUUGGGGUGAACUUGGUGGGAAUUUUUGCAUUUCAUGGACAUGGACAUAGUCAUGGACAUAGCCAUGGACACAGUCACGGAUACGAACACAGUCAUGACGAACACGUUCAUGAAAAGCUCGAAUACGAAAAAGAGAACCAUGAUCAUUACGAUCAAAAUUGCAGUCACAGUCACAGUCACUCCCAAAAAGCAGAUAACGAUAACAUGCAAGGGAUCUUUCUCCACAUUCUCGCUGACACUUUGGGCUCUGUUGGAGUGGUGGUUUCGACAAUUCUUACAAAAUUACUGGGAUGGAACGGGUUCGAUCCAAUGGCCUCGAUAGUUAUAGCAGUGCUCAUUUUUUUGUCUGCUAUUCCAUUGUUGAAAUCUACAGCUUCGUCUUUGUUGCUUCUGCUUUCAACCUCCAACGAGGAAAAGGUUCGUUUGGUUCUCAAUGAUAUUUUGGAAAUUAAAGGUGUAAAGUCAUUUACCACACCUCGAUUCUGGCCAUCUAGUGGAACGUCAAAUUUGAACGGAUACCUUCAUGUGCAAGUUUACCGGGGAGAAAACACCGCUUAUAUCAAGAGACUGUGUUCCCAGCUUUUUACCCAGAGAAACAUCGAGGUCAUGAUCCAAGUGGAGAAUGAUUAUGACGACUGUUGGUGUCGGAGUUGA